CCUCUGGCUCUCUCGCGGCCCCUUGCGGGAAGGCCUCCUGGAGGCCGUGGGGUCUUUUCUGGCGGCCUAAGUGGGCCUAACUUCUAGAGUCCCGGGGGUCGUCGCUGCCGGGGAGAUCUCCGCCCCAUUUCCGUGCCGCCUUGUCCUUAGGGCCCAAAGCCCCCUGCGCUAAGGGCCCUGUCCCAUCUCUGCCCUACACGCGGGAGUCAGCCUAAGGCUGAGCCCUAGGACAGCAGCCGCGCCUGACGCUGCUCGCCUGCCUAGCACAGGCAGGAGGUGAGCGGAGUCGGCCGCCUCCCUCCCCAGGGCCCUCCAAGGGAGUGGGCUCCACAUCCAUGGGCCCGAGGAAUCUGCGGAGAGACGGGAAGAGCAGGGGACACUCACAGGGCGGGGGUCCAGGCGGGAGUCCAAUAGUCCUCGUGGAGACAGCUGGGAAAGGCCUCGGGGCAAGGGACUUCGGAUUUCCUCAUCUGCCUCAAAAUAGACAGUCUAAGCUGGGUGCGGUGGCUUGCGCCUGUAAUCCCAGCACUUUGGGAGGACGAGUUGGGUGGAUCACCAAGUCAAGAGAUCGAGAACCAUCCUGGCCAACAUGGUGAAACCCCAUCUCUACUAAAAAUUAGCCGGGCGUGGUGGCGCGUGCCUGUAGCCCCUGCUACUUGGGAGGCUGAGGCAGGAGAAUCGCUUGAACCUGGGAGGCAGAAGUUGCAGUGAGCCGAGAUUGCGCCUCUGCACUCCAGCCUGACAACAACAGAGCAAGACUCCGUCUCAAAAAAAAAAAAAAAUGACCACGCACAGGCAGCAAGGGGCAGGGGGUGGUCCACGCUCAGCCUUCAGUACACAUUUGUGGAAUUAAUCCCUCCCAGGACAGGUUGUGAAGAAAGCUCGUUAACCUCAAGAUUCAGAAGCACCAUUCACAGCACAAGCUUUGGAGUCAAAUCCAGGCUGUUAACUUGCUGCGUGCGCCCCCGACUUACCUGUUUCUGCCUGUUUGCUCAUCCGUAAAAUGGGAACUGUGACUGAGUCUACUUUGAAUCUGAUUAUGCUGCAUGAACUCAGAAGACAGGGCUCAGUUGAGUGACUGUUCAGUUUACAAGAGCUGUUACUGUAGUUGGGAAGCGCCCUGAGACACACAUGGUAAGAUCGGUAGCCUAGGAUAAAGGGGGCCACCAUGAGAGAGACCCCAGAGGGAAACUGUUCCAGAGAAGAGAAAUGUCUUGCUAAGGUCACACUGUGCCCUGGUAGCGAGCACAGGGCAGCCUGCUCCGCCCAAGCUUCCAGCCUUCUCAGCUGAGUUCUGGCCCAUCAGGCUAAGCCGGAGACUAAGCCUCAAGAAAGCAGGCAUUCGUAGGAAAGGGGUCCUGUAAGUCCCAAAAGCCACCUUUGCUUUGGAAGGUCUCCAAAAGGAACCUCAGAUGCACUUCUCCAGAAGGCCCUAGCAUUUUUGCCUGCCCCCAUCCCCACCCCGCAACAACUUCUGCCCUCUUCAGGGAUCCACCAUUCCUAUUCCUAUUGCUGUGAGGUAUUAUAACCUUUAACAGGUGGAAAGAAAACUUCACCUCAGCCAGGUGGUAUUGAUACCCAUCCAAGGCAGGGGACAAGUUGAGGCUUGGACAGAUCCAGAGAUUGGGAAUCCGGGUCUUUGAGUGUACCUUCUGCAAGCACAAUGGUACAUCACCUCAUCCACGGUGUGUACCAUGCCUUAGCACUGUGUGCCCUCUGAGAGGCCCCCAAUUUCUGGCCACACACUCAAUCUGCAGCAACACCUUUUACACUGGAAGUGAUGCAAAGUCAGUCCCUGGGUUAAUGAACGUAUCUUCUUAGGUAUUAAACCCAGUAUUUAUAAAUAAAUGACCACAGAAUGGUGUAGAAAACUUUAAAAGUUUUGGAUAUUAAGUGUUGGCUGGGCCAGGCGCGGUGGCUUACGCCAGCACUUUGGGAUGCCAAGGCGGGCGGAUCACUUGAGGUCAGGAGUUCAAGACCAGCCUGGCAAACAUGAUGAAACCCUGUUGUCUCCACUGAAAAUACAAAAAUUAGUCAGGCAUGCUGGCACGUGCCUGUAAUCCCAGCUACUUGGGAGACUGAGGCAGGAUAAUUGCUUGAAUCCGGGAGGCAGAGGUUGCAGUGAGCCAAGAUUGCACCCAUUGCACUCCAGCCUGGGCAAAGAAGAGAAACUCUGUCUCAAAAAAAAAAAAAAAAAAAAAAAAGUGUUGGCUGGGGGUGUUGACUCACACCUGUAAUCCCAACACUUUAGGAGGCCAAGGCGAGAGAAUCACUUGAGCCUGGAAGGUGGAGGCUGCAAUGAGCCGUGAUUGUGCCACUGCACAACAGCUUGGGUGACAGAGUGAAACCCUGUCUCAAAAAAAAAAGUGUUUUUUCAUCCAUUAGGAGUGUUUAGAUGAACUCUCUCAUGGUGUGAUUCCUGAGGGUUGGACUGGCAAUGAAGGCUGUGUUCAGGAAGUUUCUUGCCCUGCUUCCUGGACAUGCGUUUCUUACCAAAACUCCUGGAGCGAUGCAUUGGAAUUGGACUUCUUAUAUAGUACAAAUAUGGGAAAGCUGGGUGAGAGGCACUGAAACCUACAGGAAAUCAACCCUUGGGUGAUGAGACUGGAAGGGUAAAGGAAAAACAACACCACUUUGCCUGAGCCUCAGCUGGGUGGGUGCAGGUCAAAGUUCGGAGGUAUCAAGACGUUUCAAAGAGAAAAUUACAGGAUCCAGCUUCAGCUUAUCUUCUCUCUCUGGCUCCAGCACUGCAAAGUAUACAAAGGACCUGGUGCAGAGGAAGGGAAGUCUGUGGUCCAGAGUGGCACCUGAAGAUGAGCACUUCGCAACUGGGACUCCUCCCUGCCACCUGGCCUCCCCUACUCAAUGAGCUUUUCCCUGUUGCUCUAUGAAGAACAUAGAUGUGUCCAUGAAGGUGUUAAUUUCCCUGAGGAAAGGACACUGGUGAAGGAGCAGUGAGGAACUUGCAGAGUCACACAGUUGCUGACCAAGUGAGCUGUGAGCCUGGAGCAGAUCCGUGGGCUGCAGACCCCAGCCCCAGUGCCUCUCCCCCUGCAGCCCUGCCCCUCGAACUGUGACAUGGAGAGAGUGACCCUGGCCCUUCUCCUACUGGCAGGCCUGACUGCCUUGGAAGCCAAUGACCCAUUUGCCAAUAAAGACGAUCCCUUCUACUAUGACUGGAAAAACCUGCAGCUGAGCGGACUGAUCUGCGGAGGGCUCCUGGCCAUUGCUGGGAUCGCGGCAGUUCUGAGUGGCAAAUGCAAAUGCAAGAGCAGCCAGAAGCAGCACAGUCCUGUACCUGAGAAAGCCAUCCCACUCAUUACUCCAGGCUCUGCCACUACUUGCUGAGCACAGGACUGGCCUCCAGGGAUGGCCUGAAGCCUAACACUGGCCCCCAGCACCUCCUCCCCUGGGAGGCCUUAUCCUCAAGGAAGGACUUCUCUCCAAGGGCAGGCUGUUAGGCCCCUUUCUGAUCAGGAGGCUUCUUUAUGAAUUAAACUCGCCCCACCACCCCCUC